AUGCUGUCCUUUCUUCGUGCCAAAACGCCACCUCGAACCAACCGUGCGAAGGAGAACCCAAUCAUCUACGAGGAUGGUGCUUCGUCCCUCGAAUUUCGGCCCUCUGCAGACCCCCAAACUUAUCUCCUCAGGAACAUGCACACACCGUUUAACCAGAAGGAGCCUUCCAUCAUGGUUCCUCCAUUCCACUUUCACAUGCAUCAGACUGAGUAUUUUCGGAUAGUGUCUGGUAGAUGCUACUUGUUCAAGGACACUUCUGACACUCCUUGGAAAAUUUUAGACGAUAGCGAUCCAAAUGCCGCUAGAACUGCCUCCAUUACUCCCAACCAAUACCACACAAUUAACAAUGCUUCCACCACGCAACCGCUACUCUUGGAUGUUUCUCUUACCCCUGAGGACGUCGAGCGUGAAGAGAGAUUCUUUCGAAAUUUCUUCGGGUACUUGGACGAUUGCAAGAAAGAAGGGCAAUCCCCGAGUAUAUUUCAGCUCUUCGUCUUCUUACAGAGCGCUGACACCCCACUCGGGCUACCCAUUGCGCCGAAAUGGCUCGGUCUAUUCUUAAGCAGGGCAUUAAUGAAUGCAAUGGGUUUUGUUGGGAGAUGGAUUUUGGGUUACAAGUCUACAUAUGAGGAGUAUUACGUCGCAAAAGACAAGACGCUAUAA